CUUUCUAUUUUGAUGCUUUUUUUCCCGCGACCAACGAACCAACGAACUGGUUCCUCAAAUAUGGGUGCUCUCUACGCCAUGUUUGUGAUAUCGCGAGAGGACGAAAACCUAAGGAAUUUACAGCGAUUCAAGUUCCCUAAAGAUUAAUUUUCUAAUUUUCAGUCAUUUCUACUGGAUAUCUCGAAUUUCCCGCUUACUCCAACUAUUUUCUUUUCUUUCCCAAAUGGAGCUUAAUUCCUUUUUAGUGAUCUUGUUGAUAUUUAAGAAAGAUGGCACAAUUUGAUGGUAUGGAAAAACAUAUUCAAAAAUUAUAAAAAUCGAAAAACGAGUUGGCAUUCAUUUUCUUGAAAACAUUUAUACAUUUAUAUGAAGCGUUUCAGUUUAAAAUAUCCACAAUAAUGCGAAAAAAAACUAAUAUUAAAUCAAAUAAGGAUCUAUCUUCGACAGUUCUUUUUUAUAAUAUUUUUUGAAAGUUGUUGUGUUUGCGCGUGUGUCUGCUCAAUCAAUUCGCAGUUGGUACGCUAUAAGUUUAUUACUCGCUACCCGGGAUAUAACGGUAAAUACUAACACUAAUGUUUGUAUUAAUUUGUUUUUAAAGUGUAAAAUAUGAACAAAAGCUAUAAACACAGUAAUCCAAUGAAUUUAGAACAGACCUCAUGCUGAUGGUACCGUAAAACGCGAAAAGCCCCUGUUGUUUACGGGAAGACAAACUCUCGAGAACGUUAAAAGGGAGCUCACAAGCUUAGGUCCAAAGUAUAUGGCUUUCCUCGCAAUCUCGACAUCUGUGUUGCUAUGGCAACUAUCCAAGACAGGCGCCUGUUUGACAAGCAACGCCUUUACCAAUCAGAUCCUCACUGGUCACGUGAUCCGUACCGUGACUGCGACGGACUUCGCAGCAUGUGCAAGCCAGUGUGGCGUUACAAAGGGAUGUCAUAGCUUCAACGUGUACCUGUCACGCAAUUUGUGCGAGCUGAGUAACGCAACGCACCUCUCCCACCCAAAAGCCCUGGUGCAGAGUCCCGAGGCAAGGUACAUGCUCUACUUCCCCCACCCCCUGGGGAAGUGCGAUAGCUCGCUCUGUGGGACUGGCACUAGGUGUGUCAUGAAUGCGGACGGAGUUGGAUACCGAUGUAAAAUGUGCUCAGAUGGCUUAGGAGUCGCAGACAACCGCAUUCCCGAUAACCAGAUCACGGGCUCAUCCUAUCAGGGCGCAGAUCUUGUCCCCUGGCGCGGGAGACUGCUGAGCACAUGGUACGCGGGCGCAUGGGCAGUAGACAUGUGGCAGUUGAGGGCAGGAGAGUGGCUCCAAGUUGAUAUCGGUCACGUGGUACCAAUAACUGGGGUGGCCACGCAGGGGCGGUACUCUAAUGACUGGGACCAAUGGGUGACCCGUUACACUGUUCAGUACAGCGUGGACGGGGGGAGCUGGACCAGUGUGCUGGAGGCUGGAGUAGUCAAGGAAUUCGUGGGAAACUUUGAUAAAAGUACUGUGGUCGAGAACUCCUUCCCCGUCCCCGUGAUGGCGCGCUACGUCAAGUUUGUCGUAAGGGACUGGAACAAUUACAUCGCAAUGCGGGUCGAGGUGUACGGCUGUGCAAACUAUCCUUAGAAGUACGGCUUGUAACUAACAAGUGUGGCAUGUAGCUAGACUAUUUAGUAUAUUAACCGUCGCGUGUUUCAUAUUGACUUCUUAGAAAUAUAUUAAUUAUAUUUAUUUGCUUUUGUGUUAUUCUAUUAUAAUGUUGUUACUAUACACAAUGAUCAAACAAAACAAAAUUAUAGAAAAAUACAUGUAGCUACACAUCCAUGGGAGGGGGACACGUGAACAUCCGAAUCCAGUUAUGUUGCAAAAUAAAUACAAUAUUAAAUAAUAAUAAAAGAUCAUGAUUACUGGCAGCAAGACACAGAACUUUUGGAGCUUGCAAUGCUACGAGACUGAUGCUUACAUUUGCGGUAGAUAGAUUCAGUUUAGGAAGUUCGCGAGUCGUGAAGUUUAGAACAGUUUAAUGACUCCUUGAUUAUAUAUGUAAUCAAUAAAAAAAUACGUUGUCUACAUCUCAAACCAUGUCUCUAAGUUUAAAAUCAAAGUUUAUUUUCUUAGCGUUGUGCGAUGCAUGAAACCUCCUGAAUCUUUUUUGAUUCCAUAAUGAGAUCCAAAUAAAUGUAGAUGUUAUUUAUUAUUUAUAUUAUAGAACUAUGAAACAUUAAUAACAGCAACUGUUAAACAAACAUCUUCUCAUAUUCCUAAAGAAAAAUAGAAAGAUGGAUGGGUUAAAGAAGGUUGAAUUUUUUUUUAUUUUUCUGCUCGUCUCGUAAAUUCAGAUUGACAUUUUUAAUAUAUUUUGUUUUUUAAUCUUCUUAUUAUAUUUAACAAUCUUAUACCUCCAAAUGUUACUCAGCAACAUGUUUAACCUGUUAGCAUUAGAAAGAUCGAAGAACUCAUGUCGUGGUGGCGAUAUCUUGGUAAAUACAAUAAAAGAUGAUUACCUUGUGACCCA